AUGUUCGCCGCAACACGGCGCUGGUUCCGCCGGAAUCGCACCCCCAUCGCAGUCGGCUUCGGCAUCGUGGGAGCGGGAUACGUCGUGACGCAAUAUGUCAUUUCGAGGAUAAACGAUGCGCGUGAGCGCAUGAGCAGCGAUAGAAUCGCCAAGGAGAACCUCCGGCGUCGAUUCGAGCAAAACCAGGAAGACUGCACCUUCACCGUGCUAGCCCUCCUGCCCACAGCGACGCAGCAUAUCCUCGAGACCAUGGACACCGAGAAGAUCACCUACGAAAUACAGACGCUCAAGGUGGCCAAGAACGCUGCGACCGGUGCGCCGCCGCCCAGCAUUGCCGAGACGAACCUGACCGAUGAGGAUGGAAAGAGCCUUGCGAGCAUGCACAGUGAAAGCGGCGUGCACGCGAGCCAGAUUGCCGUGCCUCCUCCCGCCGCCGCAACGGCAGAGGCGGCAGCUCAGGAACAGGCGCAACAACAAAAGGCGCGGAAGACGAAGAGGCAGCUCUGGGAUGACUUGACGAUAAGCUCUAUCUCAAGAGCCUUCACCCUCAUCUAUACCCUCGCGCUCCUCACUAUGCUCACCCGCGUUCAACUAAACCUCCUCGGUCGGCGAAGCUACCUCUCCAGCGUAGUCACCCUCGCCACGGGAUCGGCACAAGCCACCAUCUCCCUCGAGGACAAUGAUGAUAUCAAUCCAGACCAGGUGUACGGCUCCAACUUCGAGAUGAACCGCAAAUACCUUACCUUUAGCUGGUGGCUCCUCAACAAGGGAUGGAUCGGCAUCAUGAACAAGGUCGAGGCUGCCGUAACGGAAGUUUUCGGGCACCUCAACCCGCGGGAUAACCUUACAUUUGAGACCUUUUCUGAGCUCACUCUCCGUGUGCGCAAGAUCAUUGAGGGUGCCACUCCCGAAGAGAGGUACAAGGCCAAGUGGCUCGAGUACCUCUUGCCCACCAGGGACAUGGAAGAGUACGUCAUCAAGGAAUCUGGCGUCAUCGAAGAAGCCGACGGCGCCACCAUCCCCCCAACGCUUCGAAGACUCCUCGACGAGACCGCCGACCUCAUCGAGUCCCCCUCAUUCUCGCACGUCCUCACCCUCCUCCUCGACUCGGGCUUCUCCUACCUUGUAGACCAAAAGGUCGCUACUCUCGCCUUCGAGCAGGCCAACCCCGCCUCGGCAGCGGCAACUGCCACGACCAUCACCAUCACCACCGCAUCCGACUCCGAGCCCACCUCCACAAAAGCCAUCCUCCUCCCCAAGAUCCUCUCCGUCCUUACGCGUCAGGCCCGCGUCAUCGGCAACGGCAUGCCCAACGAGUACCUCCGCGAAAUGGAGCAGGUGGCCGACCUCGAGGCCUUUGCUGCUGUCGUCUACUCUAGUAAUUGGGAGAGCGAGAUUACUGAGGAGGGUGUCUUUGCAGGCGAGGCCUCGACGGCAAGGUCGGCGGCUGAACCUGUUGUGGCGGAGACGGAGACGACGGUUGUGGAGCAGAGUGUCGUGAUGGUGGAAUCUCAGGCUUCGUUGGAGAGUGCUUGGGAGAAGGCUGUAGGCCAGAAAUGA